UGAGCCCGUUUGCCAUCGAUAGACAACAACAUUGACAGCUGUUAACACAGAAAGUAUUAAAAUUCCAAAUCCAAUAGAAAGCGGCUUUAAUUUCUCAAAAAUUAGAAAAAGCGGGGUUCUGGGAAGCGAUUUCUGUUGCCGAAGCCAGGAGAAGGAAAUAUUGCUGACUGUUGCUGGCGCGUGAUUGAUCACUAUGAUGAUGGAAUAGAUCGCUUCCCCAACUGCAUUUCACCGGACAGUUCAAUUAUGCUCUUCACGCGUCGGCGACAACUAAAGAGCUCCGCACAAAAAAUAAGAGAUAUAUCGCACAAAUUCUGUCGAAAUCAGUGUUAAGUUGCUUCCCAAUAAAACCAAUUAUCGCUAAACGGACGUGAACAAAUCAGUAUCGAAAAUGUACGAGCUUCAUAGUUGUCUAAGAUCCGUUUUCUUUGCCACAGUCAUUCCCGGAACGAUCGUCCUUAGUUGGCUAACUGGUUUGGUUGGACUGCGAUCUCUGCAAACAUGUCUUGUAAUCUUCUUUUUAAUCUUCGUCCUGUUGCCAUUGAUCUUUCGUUACUCGGUAACGAUGCAGCGCGGCAUCUUAUUCCUCCCUUUCAUAAAAUACCCCAAGGGUCUGGAUCUUACCCGGCCGGAAAACAUCGGCUUAUAUGCAACUCGGAAUUUCUACAUCACCGUUAAGGAACACGACACGGAUAAGGAUGGUGUUAACCUUGGGGUGUGGCAUGUUUUACCCCGUCACGCAGUACGUCGAUUCAGGCGGGAAUUGCUCGUUGAGGCGGAAGUAGAGCAGGAUUUGGCUCCCGAUGAGCCAUCGCCGGAAAGCGAUCAGCAGCUAAGAGAACUGUCUUCGGCAAUUCGUUCCGAAUUCCCCUCUGUUCUCCCAGAGAAUAAGCAGCUUUUCUACGAGCGUUUGCUGCGAAUGCCGGGUGGCACUAUAGUAUUAUAUCUUCAUGGAAAUACUGCCUCUCGAGGCAGUGGCCACCGUUCGGAGGUUUACAAGCUCCUGCGAAACCUAAAUUAUCAUGUAUUUACCUUUGACUACAGAGGCUUUGGUGACUCCGAUCCCGUGCCGCCAACGGAGGAGGGAGUAGUGAGGGAUGCUCUAAUGGUAUUUGAGUAUAUAGCCAAUAUCACCUCUAAUCCUAUAUUCGUAUGGGGACACUCUUUGGGUACCGGGGUUGCAACGCAUCUGUGUGCAAAGCUGGCUGAUCUACGAGAAAGGGGCCCUCGCGGGGUCAUCCUUGAGAGCCCCUUCACCAACAUCCGCGACGAGAUCCGCCUACAUCCUUUUGCCCGUCUGUUUAAAAAUCUGCCCUGGUUCGACUUUACCAUCUCAAGGCCCAUGUACAACAACAACCUAAGAUUCGAGUCGGACAUGCAUGUUCGAGAGUUUCGGCAGCCAAUCAUGAUUAUCCACUCUGAGGACGAUGUGGUGGUGCCUUUCCAACUUGGCUACCGCCUGUAUCGAAUUGCUUUAGAUAGCCGGGACCGCGCCUGGGGCCCUGUUGAGUUCCAUCGGUUUAGUGCCAUCCAUAGUUAUGGCCACAAGUACCUCUGCCGGGCACCAGAGCUGCCCGGACUCAUUCGGCAGUUUGCGGAGAGCUACCGGGACGCGGUAUACUAGACGCAGUCAACAUGAAGGGAAUGGUUCCGUUUCCGUAGAACUAAUAAUAAAUAAAUGUAUUAGACGAUUAAAUCAAUUUUUACCGCGCCACACAGACACGUUCCAAAUUUUCACCAUGCAAAUUAAAGCUGUUUAGGAACAAAAAAACUUUUUAGUGUACAGUCUGUCAUUGUGAGAAUUGUUUUGUAAUAAAAAUACAACAUAGAACAAA